AUGCAGCCCUCAGAGGAGAUCUUCGUAGGAUCCAUUGAUCAGGGUACAACCAGCUCCAGAUUCCUGAUUUUCAACAAAGAGGGUGAGCCUGUGGCCUCACAUCAGGUCGAGUUUACACAGAUCUACCCCAAUCCCGGAUGGCACGAGCACGACCCAUUUGAGCUGGUGUCUUCCGUUGAGAAGUGCAUCGAAGAGGCGGUCAAACAGUUUGAAUCGGAGGGCUACUCCCGAUACGGUAUCAAGGCUAUCGGGAUCACAAACCAACGGGAGACUACUGUCGUUUGGGACCAUGAUACUGGCGAGCCACUCUACAACGCCAUCGUCUGGACAGAUACGCGCCCGCAGGCUAUCGUUCACGAGCUGAAGCAAAAGCGCGAGUCAUCGCAACUGCAAGCGAUUUGCGGUCUUCCGCUGACAACAUAUUCUUCCGCCACGAAGCUCCUCUGGAUGAUAGAACAUGUGCCCAAAGUCAAAGAUGCGUACGAGCGAGGCACAUUGGCGUUCGGUACGGUAGAUGCGUGGCUUGUGUAUCGUUUGAAUGGCGGCGCAUCGGCGAACGUGUUUGUAUCUGACCCUACAAACGCAUCUCGGACGAUGUUUAUGAACCUUGAGACCCUCCAAUACGACAAUUUUCUCCUAGACUUCUUUGGCAUCAGAAAAGUCCACCUACCCAAGAUUGUGCCGUCUUCAGACGCCAAAGCUUACGGAGCAAUGGCAUCUGGAAUACUUGCUGGCGUUCCGAUUAUGGGCUGUCUUGGUGAUCAGUCCUCGGCGCUUGUAGGGCAAAAGGGCUUUUCGCCAGGAAUGGCGAAGAACACUUAUGGAACGGGCUGCUUCCUCCUGUAUAAUGUUGGAGAAAAGCCAGUCAUCUCCAAGCAUGGACUUCUUGCUACUGUAGCAUACCACUUCGAUGGCAAGCCGGUGUACGCCCUUGAGGGCAGCAUUGCAGUCGCCGGAUCUGGUAUCAAAUUCCUACAAAAGAACUUGAGCUUUUUCCAAGAGUCCAAGGAAGUGAACGAUUUGGCUCAGACGGUAGAAGACAGUGGAGGUUGUGUGUUUGUCACUGCGUUCAGUGGUCUUUAUGCGCCUUACUGGAUUGACGAUGCAAAGGGGACAAUGUUUGGGAUCACACAGUACACCCAAAAGGGUCACAUUGCUCGGGCGACGCUAGAAGCCACCUGCUUUCAGACCAAGGCCAUCUUGGACGCAAUGGAGAAAGACAGUGGACAUGCGCUGUCCGAAUUGGCGGUUGAUGGAGGCAUGAGCAACUCAGACCUGGCGAUGCAGAUCCAAGCAGAUCUCAUCUCGAUCCCGGUGUACCGUCCCAAGAUGCGGGAAACCACGGCACUUGGUGCGGCUAUAGCCGCUGGUCUGGCGGUAGGGGUGUGGAGAAAUUUUGCUGAACUGCGAGACAUCAACCGUGCCGGAGGAGCCGUCUUUGAGCCCAAGAUCAGUCGCGAAGAAAGCGCUAAGUCAUUCGCAAGAUGGGAAAAGGCUGUCGCAAUGUGCAAAGGCUGGUCUGGAGAUGCGCCGCCACCUCCAGUGCAACCUGCUCAAAAGGAGGCGAAGAAAAAUGCUCCUGAGGUUAUAACGAAUCACAACGCUAUCAAUGCUACGCCUCCAAAGUUCAACGGAGAGCUUACCACACCCAAAUUCCCUUUGAUAAGUAUUUCUGGAGACUUGGAUAAUGCUGACGAGGAAGAGCUUUAUCUGGAGCUGCGAAAGAUUGAGAUCCUGCAGCGACUCAAGAAACUCCGGAAACUCAAGCUUUCUUUUUACUGA